CGUAUGAAUGUUGAAUCACGCGGUGAAGUCCCUGCAAUGACGCAAUAUGCUUUUAUCGGGGUUAGAGACUCGCACAUUGCGUAGUUCCUUCUGGUUCCCUGUCAAUCGCAAGCUGUAUAACAGAACAGGUGUACAGAUCGUGUGCUGUCAAAUGAAGUGUCACCCACGUGAUUUUUGAACAAAUGUUGAACGUCGCUCUCAAUAAUGUGCCGCUUGACUGUUGUCGUAAUUUCUUAAUUUUUAAACUGGCAGAAAACGAUCUCUAAAGAAAACCAUGGAGCAAGACGAACCAACGGUCUCGAACGUAACCAUAAACGAUAGUGUUGACUUUUCGACCGACGACUUUGAUAAACUUUUAAAACCGCCUAGGAAUAAUUUUCAUUCUUAUUUAAACGAAGACGUCAGCGUCAGAUUUCCGAGAACGAGGACCAACCAUAAUGCUACUUUAUCCAGUGCCUCCGAAUGCACAAAUCACAUGUCGUUUACAAGGCUUUCAUCAGAGGCAAUACUCCCUGGGGCCAUGAACUACCUUUCGGCCAAUUAUGAGAGUCUUGAUUAUGACACCUGUGAAAAUCAAUUACUGUUAGAUGAAGAAAGAAAAAAGGGAUACAAAUUUGUGGUCAAGAAAAAUGUUGCACGAUGGUUUAUUUUCUUACUCAUCGGAAUUUUCACCGCUCUUAUUGCAUGCUUUGUCGACAUAUCUAUUAGUGAGGCGUCAAAACUGAAGUAUAACUCAUUAAAAAAAUGUAUUGACCAAUGCAUUUCUCAAAACUGUUUAUGGUUGCCAUAUCUCCUCUGGCUAGUCAUGAACUUAGUACCAGUUUUAAUAGGCUCUAUCUUAGUGGCAUAUGUCGAACCUGUAGCAGCCGGCAGUGGGAUUCCACAAAUUAAAUGCUACUUGAACGGAGUUAAAGUGCCAAGGGUUGUCCGAAUCAAAACGUUAGUUGUAAAAAUGAUCGGGGUCAUUUGCACUGUGGUUGGUGGCCUAGCUGGAGGAAAGGAGGGACCAAUGAUACAUUCUGGAGCGGUUGUGGCGGCAGGCAUUUCGCAAGGCAAAAGUACAACUUUCAAAAAAGAUUUUGGAAUUUUUAAGUAUUUCCGAGAGGAUCACGAGAAACGAGAUUUUGUAUCAGGAGGUGCAGCGUCAGGUGUAUCUGCAGCGUUUGGAGCACCAAUCGGUGGCGUGUUGUUUAGUAUCGAAGAAGGCACCAGUUUUUUUAAGCAAAGUUUGACCUGGAGAACUUUUUUCGCUAGCAUGAUAACAACUUUUACGAUGAACAUAAUUCUUAGUGCAUAUCAUGGACAUCCAGGUGAACUAUCCUAUCCAGGAUUGAUAAACUUGGGAAAAUUUGAUGAAAUACCGUAUCAAUUCUAUGAAAUACCAUUGUUCAUGAUAAUUGGAACAUUGGGGGGAGUUCUUGGAGCACUUUGGAAUCACGUCAAUUACAAAAUUUCAUGCUUUCGGCUGCGGUUUAUAAAAACGAAUUGGAUAAAAGUGCUCGAAGCCUUGUUUAUAGCAGUUCUGAGUGCCACCCUUGGAUUCCUGAUGAUUUAUUUUAUUGAUGAUUGCAAGAGUACAGAAGAGUUCUCUAUGGAUUUUCCUAUUCAAAUGUAUUGUGAGGAUGGAAAAUACAGUGCAGUUGCUGCUCUCUGGUUUCAAACUCCUGAAAGUAGCGUUAACUCACUGUUUCAUGAUUCCAAAGGUUCCCAAAAUGAUGAAACACUGGUUAUCUUCGUAAUCUUGUACUUUCUCUUGGCUGCUUGCACUUUCGGUCUUUCUAUGUCGAGUGGUCUCUUCAUCCCUUCACUUUUGAUUGGCGCUGCCUGGGGUAGAUUAGUUGGAUCCGGCCUUUCCAAGUUGUGGCCCAACUGUGAGAUCUUUGAUCCAAGAAAAUAUGCAUUAUUAGGUGCAGCUGCUCAGCUUGGCGGUGUAGUUAGAAUGACAAUCAGCUUGACCGUAAUUCUUAUAGAGGCAACUGAUGGAAUAUUCUUUGGUCUUCCACUUAUUAUUGUACUCUUAAUGGCCAAAUGGGUUGGUGAUUUCUUCAAUGAGGGUAUCUACGAUAUUCACAUACAAAUGACCGGAGUACCCAUAUUACCAUGGGAACCACCACCGUUAUCAAACAAUAUUUAUGCAAGUGAAAUAAUGAGUCAUCCUGUGGUUACACUGAAAACUGUUGAAAACGUCGGCCAUAUAGUCGAGCUUCUGAAAUGUGUUUCAUUUAACGGAUUUCCUGUUGUUGACCCACCAACGAGUGAUCAGGAAGAAAUAAAUUCCUACGGGCGGUUCAGAGGCUUGAUUUUGCGAUCUCAGCUAAUUGUUUUACUACAGAAUAAAAUAUACAAUGAAUACAGUGAAUAUUGGGAUGAAUUUCUGAACAUCGAAAUGUUCAGAAGCGAGUAUCCUCGAUAUUCUACUAUUGACCAUGUCAACGUUACUGCAGACGAAAAAACCUACAAUAUGGAUUUACGACCCUUUAUGAAUCCAUCACCGUAUACAGUUCAACAUUCUGCCACUUUACCACGGGUAUUCAGGCUCUUCAGGGCCUUGGGACUGCGCCACCUACCAAUAGUCAAUGAUACAAAUGAGGUGAUUGGAAUGGUGACCAGAAAGGACAUCGCCCGAUUUCGAAUUUGGAGGCAUCAGGGGCGAAUGGGUUUAGAUGAACUUUUAAUAUCAGAUAAACUCUAAUAUUCUGACGAAUAUUAUUGUGAUACUGUUGUUCCACUAUUCUGUUAAACUUUUAGACAUGAGUUUGCACAAAUUGAGUAGAAGGACCACAAGUUUGUCAAAGGUUGCAGCCCACGAAACUCAAUCAUCUCAAACAAUAGCUUAAUCAUAAAGGACUCUAUAUAACCAGGCCCAAAAAACAUUACAUCGAAGUUAGCGGACAGAGUUAGCUGAAUGCACUACCAUCGUUCACAAUGCGGCAGUGAGGAUUAACAAUCAAAAUUUCAGCAAAUGUCUGGGAAAAAUAAUACAAUCAUAAAAUGAUGUGUGUUAAACUCUAUCACAUUAUCCUGUGUACCAAAAGUUCUGCAUUUUUGGCUAUUAACUCUACUCUGACUACUGGUUUCAGGUUUAUCGAGGAAAACAUGACAAUUUUGUAGAUUGCAGAUUGGCAGGUAGAUUUUCUGUAGCAAACACUAUACUUUCAUGUAUGAGACCUUUCAUCGUCAAGUUUAAGAUACCUGAGAAAUGUUUACCUGAAUACACAUGUGUUGAAUUCUUCAAUUUAGUCAGAUUCAGUGAUCACUGAUCACGGAUUCAAAUGGUUCCCUAGAUUUUUUAGAUUUUUUCACAGAUGUGUAUUGCGAUAAAUAGACAUUAAUGUUUUCCAAUUUUCGCAUACUAGUCUCGCAUGUACGCGCCACGCGUGUCUUCUGCACAUCGUCAAGAAAGAGCGCUUUUCUUGUUUGAAAUUUAACCAAUUUUGAUACAGGCAUACUUAAUUGAAACAUGAAACAGAUUUUUUGACCACAACAGGUAACAUAUCAUCAAUGCAAAUCAUACAUACAAACUAUAACAUAGACACAAUUAGGAAAUACUUUUUACAAUAAAAGUAAAAAAAAAUAUACAACCAUCAUUAUUGGUGAUAGGGCUCUGGAUACGAAGGUCAGAACUUAAGGGUAAUAUUAGAAUAAUAUAUAGAAAAGAGCAAUCAUUAUAGCUUUAUUAUUUAUUUGGAUCUUCUACAACAUUAAUUAUUGAUAAAUAAUUCCCAGCCUAGCCAAGACCAAAGCUUAAAGAAUAAGUGUACAGGUACAAGUACCAACAAGAGAAGAAAGUAGUAUUCAAAUGUUGUAACAUACAUUUUAUCCACUUGUUUCACGUUGAUAGUUUAUUAUCAUAUAACUUGGAUAUGUUAUAUUUUUUACAACUGCAUCAUACUGAAGUUUAGAUACGGCAUGCAAUUAUUAUAGAAAGAAUUGGUCGUAAGAUGCGUAGUUGAUAUUAUCUGUAAAAAAGAAAGGCACAACUUCCAUGAAAUGUUGCUUAGCCAUUUAACUUUAAGUACUAAACGUAAAUAAAGUUAUAUUUUCAAUUAUUAA